GCAGCAAAUAUAAAUUAUAAUUUAAUUUACCCAAAAUUUUGUAUUUCAAUUUUAAUCAAAAAUGAACAUGUUUUGCCCUAUUUUAUGGGAUUAAUCGAAGAUUGGCGUUAUCCAAAGGACAGAAUUCAUUUAAAUUUUUUUGUUGAAAAUGAGGAUAGUGGGAUUAUAAGAUGGAUUCAAGACUUCCCCAAAGGCUUGUACCUCUCAAUAAGCUUAACAGAAAAUGAAAAUCAAAAUUGGAGAGAAUUUUCUUUAAAUUUUGGACGUCGCAAAUCUUGCAAUUUUUUGUUAAUUUUGGACACCAACAAUUUUUUGUUGCGUGAUUCUCUUCGACAAUUAAUUUCUUUUGCUGAAUUACCCGUCGUAUUAUCGCCUUUUUUGGAUUCUCCGAUGCAAGGAAGUGUUAAUAAUGCACAAGAAUUGGAGCUGGAUUUUGAGUUUGUUUGGAGGGAGAAGCUGGAUUUUGUUAGGGUUUAUUAUUCCAAUGGCCCACUUUUGAUAAAUCUAAAACAUCCGGACUCUUCUUAUCUAACAUUUGAAGAGAACAAUUUACUUGGAUAUGAGGGUUCUAACGAUCCAAUAGAUGUUUUUGCUGUUUCCGCCUACAAAAUGAAUAUUCCAAUUUUAUUCUCUAAUCACUUUUAUUAUGGAUAUUUUUUGUAUCCUUCAAGGCUAAAUAGUGAACAUGCUUCUCUAUUUGGCUUCGAUCAAAUCUACCUCAUAAACCUCGCUCGACGACCCGAACGCUUAAACAAAAUGGCACAAAUUUUGCGCCUUGUAGGAAUGAAAUUUGAACGUUUUGAAGCUGUAGACGGCCAAAAUUUGACAAAACGUCAACUGGAUUCACUCAACUUUUUGCCUGGUUAUUUGGACCCGUGGCAUAAACGGCCAAUGAAGUUGGGGGAAAUUGGAUGUUUUUUGAGUCAUUAUAAAGUUUGGAAGGAUGUUGUGGCAAAUGGAUAUGAUAGAGCGAUUGUUUUGGAGGAUGAUAUGAAAUUUACGCAAAAUGGAACUUUAAUACUCAACAAAAUGGUUCAAGAUUUAAUGAAGACACGUCUGGAUUGGGAUUUUAUCUAUUUUGGACGAAAGAUAAACAAUUGGGGGAAUCCAGAAUUAUUUGUACCAGGCCAUUCCCACCUCAGCACAAUUUCAUAUUCCUACUGGACUAUAGGCUAUGCAAUAAGCCUGUCUGGAGCCAGAAAACUAAUUGAAGCAGAUCCCCUAAAUAAUUUAUUGACUCUAGAUGAAUUUUUGCCUAUAAUGUAUUCUCAACAUCCCAACCAAAUUUGGUCAAGAUUUUUUGAGGAAAAAGAAAAAUUGAAUGCUUUUGCUGUUUACCCACUAAUUUUGGAGCCUGAACGUUACUCUUCUCAUUCGGAUUUUUUGAGUGAUACAGAGGGAAGUGAACAAGUUGAUUUUAAUUAUUUGGGUAGUAGAGGGGAGGGGAAAGAAGGGGAAAAGAAUUUUUUGAAAAAUGAAUUGUUUGUUGAAAAUUUAAAUUUUAAGGAUGAAUUCUAG